UGUUUGUUAUUUUUUUAAAAAUAUAUAGUAAAUAUUUAUAUAUUAUUAUAUUCGAAAGAAUAAGAAAAAUUGACAAUUUUAAAUACAUUUUUCCGACAGUGAUGGCAUCCCAUUUUUGAUAUUUGCUUCAAAAGCAACGAGUAAAAGUUUCGAAGGUGUAAAUAUUUUUAUACAGAAAUAUCACUAUUGAUUUUAAAACAUUAGGGAAUUAUUCUUGUUUUAGAUAAUAAAUCAUAUUGCUGUUUUCUCAGUGCCGCGAUCAAUAAUCAAUGGGAAAGAAAAUGAUUCAAGUAAAUAUAAAUCAAUCAGAUCUUCAGGACAAACCUGAUUCAAAAGAAAACGAAAUAUUGCCAUACAAAGUGAAUAUCGAAAAUCCCUUUGAUGUUACUACAAAAUGCCGAAAAGAAUUUAAAAUUGUCCCCGAAGAGGAAAUAGUUAAUUUAGAGAUCGAGAUUUUGCCGGAAUUCUUAAUGGGCUUGGUAAAAAAAAACAUCUCUGCGGAAUCAAAUACAUAUGAUGCUUAUGAUAACACAGGGAAAAAACUUCGAAAAUUUUCAACUGCAAAGCCAAUUACACGCUGCUUUUUUCAAUUGCGAUCUACUGAUCCAUCUAUUAUAUUGGGAUUUAUUGAUAUCAUUCGACUUCAUCCUUGCCAGUGGAAUAUCCAACACCAUGAUUUCGACAACAAAGAAAAAAGGGAUCAGAGUACUGUGAUAAUAUGCGAAAAAAUGAAAAAACACUUCAAUAUAAAUAUAACACCACAAUUGGCGAGGUCCAGCAUAUUGUCCUUGAUUCGAUGGUUUAAGCGGGAAUAUCUUCGUUCACAACAGAUAGCUAAGCCGGAUGAAUCUACAGGAGGUCGUUGGAGUCGGGGUGGUUAUGUGUCUGCUCAUCCUGAGUAUUUUAACAAGUUGAUAGAAUUUGUUCCUCAUAAACAUUUAAAAUUAACAAGUUGUAAUGACUGUCAGCGAAUGUUUAAAACGCAAAAUCAACUUUUGAUACACAACCACCAAGUUCAUGGAGCAGAUAAACCUUUUCAAUGCCGUUAUUGCAAACAGAGUUUUCUGCACAUUUCUACUUGGAAGCACCAUAUAAAUCGGCAUACUAAGAUACAUGUAUGGAAGUGUAAAUUAUGCAGUCAAAAAAGUUCCACAAAAUCGGAUCAUAAUAUACAUAUGGCGACUCAUUCCGACAUACGUGCUUUCGUCUGUGAUUUAUGCGGUUCUUCCUAUAAGAGUAGCACCAGUUUAAAUGUACAUCUACGUACACAUGAAGCACCAAAAUUACAAUGCUCAUUAUGUAACCAAAUGUUUUACGAAAAUUACCGACUCAAAUGUCAUCUAUGGACUCAUGAAGCGGAAAAUGCCGUUAAAACAGCGACUCGUAUUGAAUUAAACAAUUAGUUUUGCUUCAAAUUACUUGUUGCUCUUUUUUCUUAAAUGCUACGUUCAAAUUAUGUUGAAAUUAAAUUGAACUGAAUAUGCAAAUUUGCCUUUGGCAUUUACAAAUCA